GUAGCCCUUUUCCAGCUAUCAAAUGUCACGCUCGACAACAAGCGCAAGGAGAUGAUUGGUUGGAUCUCUCUUGGGAUCAAGAGCUCCGGGGAGGAAGAGCAGCAGGCUGAUCUACCUGGACGCAACACAACACAACACGACAAGAGACACACCCUCCGUGCCCUGAACUCAAUCCCAACAGAAAUGCCUCCACCGGGUGUAUGCAUGAGCAUCGUUAAUGCACGCCACAGCAAAGACGGCUAUGGAACCAUCGACAACCCUGACAACUUCUUAAAGCAAGACUACCGGAUGUUGAAAGAGAUGUGCCUGAGCCGCCAAGUACGGUACAUCGAUGAUAUGUUCCCCCCUGACAGGAGAAGCAUUGGCAACAACUUACUGAGUCCCGAUGACCUGCAAAGAGUGCAGUGGCUCAGACCAGCGAAACUUGUUCCCAAUCCAUCUUUUGUUACUGAUGGCGUCUCCAGGUUUGAUUUUGGUCAAGGCCUGCUUGGAAACUGCUGGUUUCUUGCAUCCAUGGGUGCACUGACAUUUCAGAGAGGCAUCUUCGAGCAAGUUGUUCCUCUUGACCAAAACUUUGUUCAGGACUACUGUGGGCUGUUCCAUUUUCGGUUCUGGAGAUUUGGCAGAUGGGUGGACGUCACCAUUGACGAUAAACUCCCAACACUCAAUGGCACACUCAUUUUUGUACACUCCAAAGACCCAACAGAGUUUUGGCCUGCUUUGUUGGAGAAAGCUUAUGCUAAAGUGUGUGGAUCCUACUCAGACAUGAAUGCUGGAACACCCAAUGAGGCGUUGGUGGACUUCACGGGCGGUGUCCAUAUUUGUAUCCAGCUGUCAGAACCACCCUCAAACCUUUGGGAGAUUAUGUUCAGAGCCGGACAAUUCAAGUCACUGAUGGGAUGUGGCACUCCUCAGGGGAAGACAUCUGCCAACACCGUUUUGCCCAAUGGAUUGGUCGAAGGCCACGCCUACACUAUCACCGGAGUCAGACAGAUGAUGAGUCGCGGGCAAGUCGUAAAAAUGGUGCGUUUGUUGAACCCCUGGGGCAAAGUGGAAUGGAACGGAGACUGGAGUGACGGGUCACCUCUGUGGAAAACAGUGAGCCAACAGGAUCGAGAUAUGUGUCUCGCUGUUUUUGACAAUGGAGAGUUUUGGAUGUGCCUGGAAGAUUUCUGUAGAUUCUACGAUGACCUUGACAUUUGCUGUCUAUGCCCCGAAUUCCUUGACGGAGAGUCAUCCUGCCAUUGGAAAACGUCCUUCUACGAGGGCAGAUGGCUCGCUGGGAAAACAGCCGGAGGAUGCAUGAACUUCCCAGAUAGCUUCUGGACUAAUCCGCAGUACCGAGUAACGAUUGACAAGCUAGAAGGUGCAUGUGCUGCCAAACAAGGGGACAUCAACAUGCUGGUGUCGCUCAUGCAGAAGCCGGACAAAAGAAACAGAGCACUGGUCAAGAAUCUCCACAUUGGAUUCUCCGUUUUUGAGGUUCCAGAAGAAUUGAAGCCCCAGAAGGGGAAGUUUCCCGCCGCUUUCUUCAGCAGGAACCGACCUGUUGCUCAGUCAAAAAAAUACUUAAAUGCCCGUGAAGUGAUGGAACUCAUCGCGUUGAAACCUGGCGAAUACCUGAUUGUACCAUCCACCUUUAACGCUAACGAGACUGCCUCCUUCAUCCUGACCAUCCUCUCCAAGUCAGAGACCCACAUUCAUGAGAAUUCCGGUGGCCAUGACCAUGACCAUGAACAUGGACAUACGGACGUGGAAGAGUCCAAGGAGAAUAAGGACAUGAAAAUCUUGUUCCAGCAAUUGUUUGACAAGUAUGAUGAAGUGGACGCCGUGUUGCUUCAGAAGCUUCUCAAUGAUAAAGUCUUGAAAGAGGACUUGAAAAAUGGGGACUUCAGCAUCGAUGCGUGCCGCAGCAUGGUUGCGUUGAUGAGCACACCUGGCACUGGAAAACUGAAUGCUGAGCAACUGUUUGAUCUGUGGACCAAGAUUGUCAUGUACAAGGAUGUUUUCUUGCGCACUGAUGUGUCACAAAAUGGAGGCCUGUCACUGAGAGAGCUGAAGAAUUCCAUGUACGCUUUAGGAACAAGGGUCAGUGAAGAUAUGUUAAAUAUGCUGCUUUUACGCUACGGGACCCCUUCUGGCCAUGUAACGCUGGAGAACUUCAUCAGUCUGGCUCUUCGCCUUGGCUUCAUGAAAAAAAUCUUCAACCGCUUUUCUGAUGGAAUGACCGUGACGCUCCGGGAAUCCGAGUGGAUGUACAUUUCCAUGUGCAACUAAAAGGAAGUCCCAUGAUGUCAGAAGAAAGGCAAGACAAAGUGUGACUUGUAUGGUAUGGUACUAGAUAUGGUAGAUAUGGAAGAUAUGGAAGAUAUGGUAGAUAUGGUAGAUAUGGUAGAUA